GCGGGCGGCGCCUGGCUGGCCGCCGCCUCCCCCUUGGCGUCCGCGCAGCCGGGUCUUUGUCCGCCAGCCCCGCGGCUGCCCGCGCUUUGUUCCCGGCGCCCGUUCCCCGGCCGGCCGGGGCGCGCCGCCUAGCAGCCCCCCCCUCCUCCCCGCCGCCCCGCGCCGCGCUGGCGUCGUCCUCGUCCCCCUCGCCGCCCCCCGCGCGCGGCCGGGCCUUGCCCCCCAUGGUGUCCCGGCCCGAGCCGGAGAGCGAGGCCAUGGACGCGGAGCUGGUGGUGACGCCGCCGGGCUGCUCGCACCUGAGCAGCUUCAAGGUGGACAACUGGAAGCAGAACCUGCGGGCCAUCUACCAGUGCUUUGUGUGGAGCGGCACGGCGGAGGCCCGCAAGCGCAAGGCGAAAUCGUGCGUCUGUCACGUUUGUGGAGUCCACCUGAACAGGCUUCACUCCUGCCUGCACUGUGUCUUCUUCGGCUGCUUCACAAAGAAACAUAUCCAUGAACAUGCCAAGUCCAAGCGGCACAACCUGGCCAUAGAGCUUAUGUAUGGAGGCAUCUACUGCUUUUUGUGUCAGGACUACAUAUAUGACAAAGACAUGGAAAUCAUUGCCAAAGAGGAGCAACGGAAAGCUUGGAAAAUGCAAGGCGUUGGGGAGAAGUUUUCAACUUGGGAGCCCACCAAACGGGAGCUUGAACUGCUGAAACACAACCCGAAAAGGCGAAAGAUCACCUCCAACUGCACCAUAGGUUUGCGGGGGCUGAUCAACCUUGGCAACACCUGCUUCAUGAACUGCAUCGUCCAGGCGCUCACCCACACGCCGCUCCUGCGAGACUUCUUCCUCUCCGACAGGCACAGGUGUGAGAUGCAGACCCCCAGCUCAUGUCUGGUCUGCGAGAUGUCGUCGCUGUUUCAGGAGUUCUACUCGGGGCACCGUUCCCCCCACAUCCCCUACAAGUUGCUGCACCUGGUGUGGACUCAUGCACGGCACCUGGCGGGGUACGAGCAGCAGGAUGCGCACGAGUUCCUCAUCGCUGCUCUGGACGUCCUGCACCGGCACUGCAAAGGUGACGAUAAUGGGAAGAAGGCCAACAACCCCAACCACUGCAACUGCAUCAUAGACCAGAUCUUCACGGGCGGGCUGCAGUCGGACGUCACCUGCCAAGUCUGCCACGGAGUCUCUACCACCAUAGACCCCUUCUGGGACAUCAGUUUAGACCUGCCUGGCUCCUCCACCCCGUUCUGGCCCCUGAGCCCCGGGAGUGAGGGCAGCGUGGUGAAUGGGGAAAGCCAUGUAGCAGGAACCACUACGCUCACGGACUGCUUGCGGAGAUUUACCCGACCGGAGCACUUAGGAAGCAGUGCCAAGAUCAAGUGCAGUGGCUGCCAUAGCUACCAGGAGUCCACGAAGCAGCUCACCAUGAAGAAGCUGCCCAUUGUAGCCUGUUUUCAUCUCAAACGAUUUGAACACUCGGCCAAACUGAGGCGGAAGAUCACCACGUACGUGUCCUUUCCCCUGGAACUGGACAUGACGCCCUUCAUGGCGUCCAGCAAAGAGAGCAGGAUGAAUGGACAGUACCAGCAGCCAACGGACAGCCUCAACAAUGACAAUAAGUACUCCUUGUUUGCUGUAGUUAACCACCAAGGGACCCUGGAGAGCGGCCACUACACCAGCUUCAUCCGGCAGCACAAGGACCAGUGGUUCAAGUGUGACGAUGCCAUCAUCACCAAGGCCAGCAUUGAGGACGUGCUGGACAGUGAGGGAUACCUGCUGUUCUACCACAAACAGUUCCUGGAAUAUGAGUAGCUUUACCUGCAGCUGGUCCACAGAAAUGGGGGCGAUGAGUUGGCCAGCCUCACAAAACGAUCCCCGUCCUCCCCGACUUCAUGAAGCCACCACCCAAACAGAAGUGCCCCCGAGAGCAUCGGAUUCCUCUGCAGCCUGGGCCCAGC